AUUUCGAAACAAUUUUACCUUCAGUGGAAAGGCUUUGUUCUUCUAGACAAGAUGAGGUAUAUUUUAUGGGUGGUAGCGCUGCUGGAGGCCUGUGACGUCACCAACAAUGGUCGUAAUCUUGGAUUUUGCCAAGAAUUAGAAAUCUGGUUAAAACCGUGAGAAAUGGUUAUUUUUUGUGCUUGACGUGAAAAAUAACACAUAAGCACUUUGCAUGAUUUUAGCCACAAGAAUUACUAUUAUUGUUGAAAAAAGUGUAAAAAACAUGUACUUUCAGUCAAGAAUGGCUUGACCACCUGCUACUUAUGACGUUAUAUCUCGUAACCAUAGAGACUGACCAUCACUCAACUUGACUCAAAAUGCGCGCCAGAGAUGAAAGACACCCUUUUAACAGUAUUUUGGUCAGAACCAAAUGUACCUACUUUUUAGGCCUUGAAUUGCUUUCUUUAGCUAAUUGACGACAACUUUUCAAGUUUGCAGUCUUUACUGAAAAGUUCUUGUGUAAACAGCUGUCAUAUGGCUGUACGGUACAUUGCAUUCUGGUAUACUUAUCACUACAACGAUCUCCAGAGGCAGCUACUUUUGCUAGAUUAUUGGACUUUUCAUAAAUAAAUUACCACGAUCGAAAGCCUAAUUCAUCAUAUGGGAAUUUGCUUUGGGCUAGAAAGUUGUUGAGGUGCUAUCCAGUCUUCUCCCAUUUACACCCGAUUUUGGGCUAGAGUAAUAAUAACCCUUGCUCUACAUGGGGAACAAAACCGUAAAAAAGAGGACUUGUACUAACAUAAGCUACCACAAUGCCUUUCUUAACUGAUACAUCAAUAACAGGUGACGCUAGCCCUUUCCAAAACUUUUAACGUAAAUUCAUUUUGGGCUUCAAGCGUUCUUUCUAAGACCAUUCAAAAACGUAUUAGUUGCCUUACUGUACAUGUAACUUAAUCCAUUGAAUAUAUUACAUCUAUCAUCUGUCAUGUUUGGUUACCAAUGAAUUGGCAUCGACCGUUACAAAGGGGGCAACGACCAGUUACGGUCGAAAGGGAAAUCGGCUUCUCUUCUCGUUCACGCGCUAAGACGAAGAAAAUGAUGAAGAAGAAGAAGUCUCCAAAAGCCAUAAACGCUUUAUGGAUAAUGCUCAGACAAAAUAUCCAUCGCUUUCCUGAGUGUAUCACAACGAAGUGCCAUAUCCCUGUUUCCUCUUCCGCCUCAGGUAUGCCUCUUUAAAAACCUGUAUAUUUUGUUUUUAAAGUCCCGCCCACUUUAAUCUAGUACAACAUUUUAUAAUCACCUUAUUUGAUGGUUUAACGGUUGAUACGUGCACGUAUUAGUUCAGUCAAGUUGAGGGAAAAGUUGCGAACAAUGAAUGAAAUGUCAGCCCGCAAAUCACUUCUCCGCUUAAGUAUUACAUAAGGAAUUUAUUUGACUCCACUUAAUUUCCGUUCAUUGUUCAAACAACUGAAAUAAUCUCCAGACCAGAACACACGAAACAAGAAUGUUUAAUGUUCUUACUUAGCUCCUACGCAUUUCCUGAAGCUCAGUGCGUGGUAUCUGCAUCUGGACUAGAACUCGGGUGUUUUCACAGCCGCCUCUAUCACUGA